UAACAUCUGUCAAGUUUAAUAAGUAGCUUCUUGUCGAAACUGCAGUCCGUGUUGACAAAGGGAAUAACAGCCACCAUGUUCUGUACAGUGAGAACAGAAAGCAUAUUACACUGAGUUAACUCAUUCAGUCUGACAUCUGAUCUGUGCACAGAGGGAGAUGGCGCUGCGUGCUUGUGGCUUCAUAAUAUUUCGGCGUCUAGCCAGCUGCAUCCCUCCACCAGACAACAUCGAGUACCUCCUCUUGCAGACCUCUUAUGGGGAGCACCACUGGACCCCACCCAAAGGUCAUGUGGAUCCAGGUGAGGAUGACCUCACCACAGCUCUGAGAGAAACCAAAGAGGAGGCGGGGCUAGGGGCCGAGCAACUGCGGGUGAUUGAUGGCUUUUUGCGGGAGCUGCGCUACGAGGUGCGAGGUAGACCCAAAGAAGUGCUGUACUGGCUGGCCGAGCUGAGGGACCCAGGGACAGCUGUGACUUUGUCGGACGAGCACCAGGACUACCGCUGGGCCCGGCUGGAGGAAGCCUGCACUCUGGCACAAUACAAAGACCUGCAGGACACACUGAGAGCAGCACACAGACACCUGGAGGCUCAGCAGGACAAACAGUGAUGAAUCAGAAUUUGGACUGUGCAGACAGGAUGAUUAAAAAAGGGAAAGCUGCAGCUGGCACCUUGGACCCUCAGACGUUAGAGCACCUAAUGUGAAAGUGUGUCUGUGAAUUAUGUGAUUGAUGAUUUUGUCUCCGUCAGGUUCAAAUACUGUUAAAAUCUGUUUAAACUAGGGCUGCACAAUUAAUGGAAAUAAGAUUAGUUAAAAAAAGUGCAAUAUCCAAAUCGCAUUUUUUUGAUAAAGGGAAAAUGUGUCACAACAUACCAUUAUAAAUGACUCAUAGUGGUGCUACAGAGAUGCCCCUGCCUACAAAUCACAUUCCAGGCAUAGGGGAACAUGCUGGUUUGGUGGUACCGACCCCAGCAAAAACGACAUCAUCAUCAUUUUUUAUUUUUCAGUAAAAAUGAAAUGCAAAAAUUACCAUUUCCACUAGAAUUUCGACACAUAUCGCAGUUGUUUUUUUUGCAUGUUGUACAGCCCCAGUUUAAACACUUUGUCUCUGAUGUACGGUUUAAUGCAAGCCUGAGUAGAUUCCCUUCUCUCAAAACAAAGGUGAGAAUGGAGGGCAUGAAUCAAUGCUUGAAAACUGAUCUUAGUUACUGCACAAAAACAUGUACGAUACACUUUGUCUUUAAAAGACAUACAUGAAGAGAUGAAAACAAAAGAGAUUUUAAUGUAAACAAAAUAAAACACAAAAGUUAGUGAAGGAAAACUAAACAAGGAGAGUCCCACUGGAACUCAGUGGGGCAGUGUAAACCUUAAGAGGGGCAUAUGUUUACAUACAGUUUUUAUCUGUCUGUAAUCAGAAUUAAAUGUAUUAAAAACAAUAAAAAACAAGUUUGGUGUA